AUGGAACCCACCAGUAAAGGUCCCAAGGCCUGCACUACAUGCGCAAAGGCCAAAGCACGGUGCAUACCCGGCCCGGACAAGGACAGCAAGUGUGAAAGAUGCCAGAGACUGAAGAGAGAAUGUGUCUCACAGCGGCCUGCUCCGCCUCGGGCCAAGAAGCCGCCCAAGAGGUCUCGCGUUGCCGAGCUGGAGAAGAGGCUGGAUGAGCUGUCGUCUCAGUUUGUCGAUGGGGCUGCCGCUGCCGCCGCCAUAAAUCCCAUAUCAAGCCAGCAGUCAGGAGACUCACAGUCGAUAUCAGCCUCAUCGGCGAACCACCUAUCGGCCACUGAACGCCCCAGACCGUGCCAGCAGCAACAGCAGCAGCAGCGACGACAGAAAACCAAUUGUGAUAGCAUCGUCAACUUUGAGUACCUAUUUCCAUCGCCGCGGUCGGAGAGCGCCGAAGUCUCGGGAUGGACCUCGGAAGUCGGCAGCAAUGACUGCGUUGCGGCGGCGGCCGAGUUAUGGCCCACAGAAGCCGAAGCCGAGACGCUGCUGCUACAAUACCAUGAGAUUCAUGCGCCUCUGGCACCCUUUGUGAUUGUGCCGAAGCAUCUCAUGGCGGCGGACUUGCAUCGACAGAGGCCGUUCCUAUGGAGGGUGGUGAUGAUGAUUAGCUGCUUCGUCGAUGGGCCGCGGCAACAUCGCAUGGGCAAAGAGGUGCUGGCCGAACUAGGGAAAAUGUCCGUGCUGGAUAGCACGAGAAAUCUUGAGACAUUACAGGGACUGUUGCUGACCAUAAGCUGGCUGAAUUUUUCUUUAAAGAGUGCGCAGCUGACCAACUUACUGUUCCUUGCGAGAUCUAUGAGUCUAAGCUCGGGUGGCUUUGGAAUCUCAUAUGGCGCCGGUGGCGGGAACACCAGAGACGAGGUCAAGUGGGGAGAGCUGGAACACGCACGAGCAUACCUGGGGACAUAUUAUCUCAACGCCAUUGUCUUCAACGCGAAUAAAAAGGUGGAUGCCUUUAUGAAUACUUCACAGCUCGAUAACUAUUGUAAUCUCCUCACCUCGCCAGGGGAGUAUCAUUCCGACCUGUACCUGGCUAGGCUUAUCAAAAUUCAAAUGCUGUCGCAGUCGAUCUCCAUGGCGAUGAUGUUUGACCCUGCGCAACAGCAGCAACCGAUGCAGCUGCCCCUAACAAUGGUGAUUCAGACUUUUCAGGAGCAGAUUGAUGCAUAUCGAGCGUCUUUACCGCCGCAUCUUACAUGGCUGACCUAUUCCACAGGCACUAUCCGAUGCCAUGUGGCCAUAUCAGAAAUUCUCCUCGCCGAUAUGGCAAUCUCCGAUGCCCAUUGCUCCUCUACAUCCCUUCCUCACAGUGACCGAAUCCACCUCCUCUGGUCUUGUCUCCACGCUCUGCGCCGCUUCUACGGCGUCGCUUCACUCAAAUGCUGCGAUAUCACCGAUCGUGAACAGCGCAACUUCCUAGGCAUCAAUGCCUCGGACCUUGCUUACGCAAUCAUUACAGGCAUCAAACUCCUCCUUGUGCGGAUCCCCGAUUGGGAUCCUCGAUAUAUUGUUACCGAGCUGGGAAUCCGGGAAAUGCUGGAUAAGGAGAUUGAGGAUGUCGGUCAGAUUGUGGCGCGGAGAAAGAGUGAUCGCUGGCCUGAGGAGGACCCAAUGGAUCGGAUGCAUAAGCUGUUAAUGUAUGGGAGAGAUCUGGUGAACAUGCAGCUACAGCAAGUGGCGGCAGAGAUGGAGGCGGGAAGCGCUACCAUAUCUUCCUCCACACCAGCAACGGUGAAUAAAGGAGAGAAUGCCCAGGGGUGGGUGAUGGCAGGCAUGGAAGACCUGGACGACGAUCUGUGGCAGAACUUUAUGAAUGACACGGUGUGGAACUUGAACGGAGAGUCGAUGGUGAUGGAUUCUUUUUAA